AUGCCACGCAGCGCAGUUCCCGUGCUUGAUCACCCAGCCAAGAAGGUGUAUCCCAAGCGUGAGGCGACAGUAGAGAACCACACGAUGGGCGCCUCUCUACCGCGGUAUCUAGAGAUCAAAGUCCACCAAGCGGCACUAAAAAAAGCCUACGACGAGAUAGUCGUCCGAGGCCGCUACCUGCGCCACUCCUCGGAUUCCAUCGCCUUCGACGGCGAGAAACGGGAUAAGCCGUUCAACUGGGAAAGGCCCAACGCUCGCACCGACGGGAAGACGCUCUACAUCGACUGCUUUCCUGGCUACGAUCACAUCGAGCACUAUGCCGAGAUCAUAGCCGUCUACCUCAAGAUCAGGGAACAGCUCGGCGGCGAUACGCUGACGCCGUCUUCGCGGGUCUCGUUCGUGCCGUCGUCGUGUUCGGAUACGCAGAUUGCACUCAGGGCCACCAAUCUUCAGCACUUCCCCGGUGAGGCGGUCGACACCGUGGUCCUCGGACUCGUGUGGCAUCUCCCGCAGCUGACCGGCUCAGCCGAGUGGGAAGGGUGCGGCCCGUGGCAGUGGAUCCUGCAGUCAUUCGGCGGUCGACGUGUCGCGUUUCUGGGGUUCCGUCCAGCAUUCUGGGGCGAUAUUUCCGGAGAGGUGGUGCAUUACCUCGCCUCACACUUCAAUGUCAAAGAGGUCAUAUACCUCGGCAAGCUAGGGGCUCUCAAGCCGCACGUCCGGCCGAAUGCCUGGUUGGCUACGGGACACAAGUCACUCGUCAACGGCCGAUUUGUCGAAUGGGAAAACGUUCUUGGCCCGUCUGUCGAGCGGCGAGCGAGGAACUCGGUGAUUAUAGGGACUCAUGUCACGCUGGGCAGCGUUUUACAUGAGACCAAAUCUUGGCAUGCCAAGCUGGUUGACGAUAUAGACUUCGUGGACCCGGAGAUCGGCAUGAUGGCUCAGGCUGCCGUCAGGAGUGGUGUCCGAUUUGGUUAUCUCCAUAUGGUCACGGAUAAUCUAGGCCGGAAGUACGAAGAGGACUUGUCAAACGAGAGAGUCGAGACUGUGUUGAAGCGUCGUGCUACGCUUCACCGUGUGGUUCAAGACGUGAUGGGGGAUCAUCUCUCCAGGCCCAGGUAG